UCUGACAAUCUUUAUACAUCUUGAAAACACUGGAUGUUGCACCUUGAAGAGCUGGCAAUGGGCCAUCACCCCGCAGCCAUAAUGUCUUCCCUCUUUAGCAGCUGCAUGGAAAAACAAGUAUAGAAUGGACUGGGUAGAUGAAUAUUCGCAUAAUUCUUUUGACCUACAAUGCUUAUUAAACUCAUUUCCUGGAGACUUGGAGUUUAAGCAGAUCUUCAGUGACAUUGAUGAACAGAUAGAACAAAAUGCUACAAGCAUAGAAUCCUGCAUUAAAGAAAUACAAUCUGAAGUUAACAAACAAUGCCCAGAUGUACAGCUGCAAACAUCAACUGACUGCUUUGAAUGGCUAACUAGCUAUCAUCAUAAUACAUCUAAGUCACCUUCCAUUCCCCAUGGAGAUCUGAUAAAAUUCCUCAAAACACUGCAAGAUUUCUUGAAGAAUGAACAAAAUCAAGAGGAAAUGAUUCUGGAUUUACUUUGGGACCUCUCCUGCCGAAGCAGUGUUUCAUUCCCGUCGUCUCUAAGUGAAACAUGUUUCCAUUUGCUUUCUAGAACUUCUCUUAAUUCUGUUGAAGAUCAUUCCUCUGUAGAUGUAAAGUCUGUAUGGGAUGAUAUAAGACUGCAUCUUCGACGCUUCUUAGUAAGCAGAUUACAAAGCCAUAAUGAAAUAAAUAAUUCACAGCAAAAAAUGAUAUUGAAAAACCAACGCAUACAGCAACUCUUGUUUCUCUAUCCAGAAUCAGAAGUUAUUGUCAAGUACCAAAACAUACAGAAUAAACUGUUGGCUAAACUUCUGCAGAACUGCUUUCCUUCUUACAGCAGAGAUUCAAAUUUAGAUGUAAUGGCUCAUGGAUUCCAAAAUACAAUGUUUACAUUAUACUCAAUGAUAAAAGAGGAUUUUGACACACUGUAUGAAAUUUUAGCUCCAUCCUCAACAGUGAAAUUCAUUAAAGAAACUUACCUGGAUACAGUUACAGAAGAAAUGACAAAAUUUCUUGAAAAUUUUUGUGAGUUGCAGUUCAAAGAAAAUACUGUUCGUGUGGUUAAAACAAGCAAGAGCUCCAGCAAGCAUAGAGGAGCAGUGCAUGCUUUGGUUACACCUGAAUGCCCACGGACAGGAAGAAACAUUUUCCUUUCCUUUGAUGAACUCAGAUUUUUAUCACAAGUCAUAAAAUCUUUUUUGAAGCUGGAAAAUGAUGUUCAAGAGCUGUUUGAAGAAAUGUUUUUAUUGCUUAAGAUGCCCAGGAAUACUUCAGGAAUUGUGGAGAAAUCCAAUAAAGAAAUUGUAAUAGAAAAACCUAAAGCACAUAAAACCAGUAUUCCUUUAGAGCAAUUGCUACCAGGAAAAGAGGUCACUUUACUAGAUUUUGGCUGGAGGAAUGCAUUUAAAGAAGUAUCUCUACCCAUGGCACAUUGCAUAACAACUGCAGUUGAAAAUUUUUCCACAAAAAUUCUCCAACAGGAACAGAAUGAAAAGUCUUCAGCUGUGAGCUAUGAUAUGAACCUUGUAACUGUCCAGCAAAUUUGGCAAGAUAGCCACAUGUUUCCUGAGGAGGAACAACCAAAGAAAAUUGCAAAGUUUUGUUCUGACAUCAUGGAAAAACUUGACACCAUGCUUCCACUGGCUCUGGCAUGCAGAGAUGAUUCUUUUCAGGAAAUUAGAGCAAACUUGGUAGAGGCCUGUUGCAAAGUGGCAACAGCUGUCCUGGCAAGACUACAAGAGAGAGGCAAGGAUGUUCCUUCCAAAGCACCCCUGAAAAACCUGCACAUACUCCUCUCCACAGCGGUGUACAUCUUCCAGCAUUUCACACACUGCAAUAAUUUGAUGAAAGAAACCACUAAGAAACCCAUAUUCCUGGUGCCUGUCCAACGAUAUCAGGAAUUCAUCAACACUCUACAGUUUCAGGUUACGGACUACUGCGUCAGAGUUUGUGCUACAAGCAUUUUACAGGAUGCUGAGAGCCACCACUGGGAUGACUACAAAGCUUUUUAUGAGGGGGAAAGAUGCUCCUUCUCACUCCAGAUGUGGCAUUAUUUCUGCUGGGCUCUUCAUCAUGAUCUCUGGACCAUUCUGCCCCCUAAGAUAGCCCAGGAGAUUCUGGCAGAAGUGCUAGAGAAAUCGUUGAGUUUGCUGGCCUCCAGAUAUGCUCGGGCCCAUCCCAGUUAUAAGAGAACUCCACAGAUAAGACUUGAUGUGACAACAAUUUUAAUCUGCACUGAGAACAUGUUAUGGUCGAUUUGUACAUCUGUACAAAACCUUGUGAAUCCUCAUGAGUCUAAAGAUGAUAAAAUUUUUAAAAUUCAUACCCAUUGUAAUAAUCUGUUUACAACAUUAGCCAUUUUGACUUCACCAUUAACAGAGUUAUUUAGAACGUUUCAGCAUGGCAUGGAUGAGUCUGCUUCAGAUUCCUUGAAAUCAAUUUUCAACCAACCAUUGCAUUGGGUUUCUUGCAUAUCACAUUUCUACCCUUCUUUACUCAGGACUCCAUCAGCUGGAGGACUGAAAGCGGAGGGUCAAUUGAAACUGCUCUUAUCCCAGCCAGGUUGUAACUGGAACCUGCUUCUGGAAACCCUACUGAGUAAUGACGGUCUUUUACCAAGAAUCUUGUUGCAGAGCUCAACACGUACCUUUCAAGACCAAGUUUCUGAUACAGAAAAUAAUCUGAACCAAGGAUUUAGCUUGUCAGAAGCCAUCUUUAAAGUGCUGUACCACUGCAAUUUUUCUCCAAAAACUUUUGGAAAUGUUUUUGUGAACUACAUGGAAGAAGAACAAUUAUGGGACUUUUUAAAUUACAUCCCAGCCUCAGUGUGCAUGGAGUCUGAGCCAGAGGUCAUUCGAUGCUUGAGGUUGGCACUGACUGACGCUGUCAAGGACAUUGUCCAAAAGGUGAUAUCUAUGAUGAACUGUGAGAAAAACUGUGAAACAAACCUAAGCAAGCACAGUGUUCCUGAUGGUUUGCUUGAGAGCAUUCCAAAAGAAUGGAGUUAUACUCCAAAGGAAACCAAAAAAAAAGAUUCAAGCAAAGGCUUCACAAGGCUUGCUGCUCAGGCAGUAUCUAUUGUAAUCAGCAAGUUACCUACGGUGAUUGCAUGUUUGCCUCCCCCAAUUAAAUACUUCUUUUUUCUGUCUGAGAGGAAAAUGUCAAAAAACUUUGUUGAAUUGAAGAUAGCUGGCCUGCUUGUCUGGAACUUGAUUGUACUUAUACGUCGCAUAUUUAAAGAUGGAAACGCAGUAGAACUUUUAACAGGUGCCUCCCUUGACAGAUGGAGUAAAGAGAAACUGGGUUUAAUUUGUGUGUGUUUGGGUAGCAUCAUAGGAGAGCAAAGUAGCCCUAAUCAAAUGACCCAAAAAGUCAUACAAAGCAUUGAGCAACAAAAGCCCAAAUGGAUUGAACACCAGUUGUUGAAAGCAAGGAAACUGAGCACUGAAUGUGCCUUUAUGACAAUGGAGAAAAGCACAGUCUUAGAAGAAGGAGACACUGCUCUUGAACUGACUGAGCAGAAAAUAAACAUGAUGGUCCUGGAUGUCUGCCACAAACCAGGUGGCAGUGAGUACCUGAGGCAAAUUUAUCACAUCAUGCGGCUCAAUGAGGAAUAUUUAAAAGAACAUCUGUUUUCUAUGAAUGGUUCAGAGGAAAAGCCAUUACCCAUCCGACCUUUAAAGAUGACCUUGAGAAGUGUGGAAGCUCAGCCUUCUGUCUUUAACCCUUUCCAUGUGCACAAGGUGUUCAGUGAGAAUAUGCUAGAUCAGUCAGUCAUCACAAAGUGGAACUGGAACUGGUCAAACUUGCUGCCAAAUUAUCUGGGACUGGAUAAGAUGACCUUCAGUGUGCUGCUCAAAAACAGGAGUUGGAGAUACCAAGUGCCCUUGAAGCGAGCUGGAACAAUUUGAAGGCUGGAACAUAGUGAUGAACGAUCACAUACAGUUAAGUUUCCAUUUGCCUGGACUGGCAUAUAAUAUUAAGUUCUUGGGAAUUGACUUCCAUAUAAUGUAACUUGUUUAUUAAAGAAUAACUAACAAAAAUGUGCUAAUUUGAAGCUUAUAUUUAUCUUAUUAAAAUUCAGCUGUCACCACAGCAGCAUUAUUUGUAAUUUAAACCAAAAAAGAAAUUUUUAGGGAGUAAUAUUUUAUUUCCUAUAUUGUUUAGAAUUGCAAGUGUAUGGUAAUAGUAAAAUAUAGGCCAACUUUUUGUGGGUAUUAUUAAGGUGUUAUUACUGUAUUAAAAUUCUCUAUCAACAAUGCACCUACUUACUACCUGAUCCUAAGGCAGGUGGUUCCCAUUUUCCUUUCCUAUCAGCCAUUGAUUUGUUUGUUUUUGCCGAUGUUGUUGUUUUGUUUCUUUUCAAUAAAUGACAAAAGUCUAAUACAAUAGUGGCUUUUGUCUCACUGUAUAGUAUUGAGUUCCAAGACUCUGUGAACCAAUAACAAAUAUAACUGUUCUUUUAAAUAUUUUUCAACAAAUGAUUAGAUUGCUUUGAUUAUUUUAUUCAUUCAUUUGUGUGAAGACCACCUACCAAAUUUCAAAAGCAAUCAUUCUUCCUCUCUUCAGAACAGUGGUCAUUCUUGUUAUUUUUUUCCUAGAAGUAUGUUUACAUUAUUGGAAUUAUCUAAGAAAUAAGUAAAUCUUCUUCAGAUUUCUGUCUUGUUUCAUUUUAUUUUGUUUUGUUUUUGUGUUUGGGUAAACACUGAAUACAUCAUCUGAAAAGAAAGUUAUAGAAAAUAACUGUUGUGAGAAAAUCCUUUUCUUGGCCAAUACUUUUACCAGCAUAAUCUUACAUAGAAAGGUAAAAGUAGAGGAACAAGGGUGUGGGCUUUAAGUCCACAAAAGCAUGAGUGCUCUAGUAUCAGAAGGUCAAGAAAGGGGGAUGGAUCAGCACACAACACCCAUAGUCAGGGGCUGUCACAAUGGGAAUGACCUGAGAUCCAAAGCUGUUCACUUUUGGGGUAAGGUUCUAGUGCAGAGGCCUAAAUGUAAUUUUAAGAAUUGGCUGAUAGAAUUGUAAUUACUCUUAUAUUUUAAAAAUCUCUGGUGACUGUCAGAACAGUCCAGGUUCCACAAGUCUUGACAAGCACAGAGCCUGCAGCUGCUUUCACAGAAUUGGCACAUCAUUUGACUUGGCAAACAGGGUGUUUAAAACUGUGUUUACAAAAGUUUCCAUUAUUUUUACAAAAUCUGCUACAGAAUUUAAGCCUUUUUUUUCACAUUUCAAACGUAUGUGUGUUUGUUUAUGGACAGAUAAACCAAAAGGAAAAUAGAAAAGCAUCCCAGGUUUUAUGCUAAAUUUCUACCCAAAUAGGUGCUAAAUCUCUACCCAAAGAGACUUUCAAUUAGAGCUGUAGAUAAAUAUGUCUUUUCAAAUUAGGCAAAUUGACCUCUGAUUUCUCUGCCUCAGAAUUUUCUUCCAGUGUCUGUUUUAUUCAGUCUCUGUUCCCCUCUUUGCAAUUAUCUUGUAAGUCAAUUGACUCUCUGCUCAAAAUUUAACCUAAGAUUAUUUAUAUCUUAUAUUUUUCCCUUAAAAUAGUCCCAAUGACUUUUAAACACUUUUACAUUUAAUUGGGAAGUUAAAGCAAAUCAGAAAUGGAAAAAAAAUUGGGUUUAAUAUUCUGAAUCACUAAAAUGGUAGACAUUUAAGGGCUUGGUGGGCUAUUGUAGGCUUCAAUGAGAGAAAGCUGUCUACCUAAAGGCUUUGUUUCCUGCUUUUAGCUAGAGUUCCCUCAAUUUCCAUCAUUCUAGGCAUUUCCUUUCAGAAAUUCUGAGAGAAAGUGGGGAUAGGGUGACCCAAUAUCCUUUAACCAUGUUCCUCAGAAGGUAACUUUACAAGGGAACAGAAGGAAUAAUGUGCCUUGUGCUUUGAUAUCUUCCUCCUUGUGGUCUUGGUUAAGGCUGAUGAGACUAUGAGCUUUUGAGUCACUAGAGAGGCUCAGCACUGCUCAAGUGCCCCAAGACCAUCUGAAGGAUGUCUGAUAGAUUCCAGAGCAGGACCCCAGGAGGACCAUGAUAGGAGGAGUAACUGUUUAGCAUCAUGACAUAGCUUGGUACCACUAGUGAAAAUAAUUUUUUAAAAUCAUCAUUUAGUGAUGACUACUAACUGUUUAAAUUUAGCACACAUUUCUAAAAUAUCAGUGAAUGGGAAACUGACAUUUCACAGUUUUUUUUUAUUAAGAUGUUCAGAGAAAAGUUGUCCUUAAUAUAAUAAUUUUCUUGGGAUUCUAAAUAUAUUUUUAAGAGGAAAAAGUCUUAUUUUAGUACAUCGUUCCUUAGGCACUUGGAAUUUUAACAUGAAAAUAAGAGAACUCAUGUAUGAAUACACAGUAAUUUUCUUAAAAGUCCUGAUUUGACAAAUAAGGUAUCUCAGUUCCUCAGAAUAAUUACACUUGUUUUCUAAACAGCAGAAAAAUAUAGCAGCUAAGUUAGUUGCACAUUUUUAUUCAUAAAAUGAUGAUUAGCUAUAAGAUCUGACAAAUAAGGAUUCUGGAAGGAAUGCUUGCUUGCUUGCUUUUAAGAAUCUAGUAAAGUGCUGAUUGUCUUCAGUUUUCAAGAUAACACUGUAGACUUUUAAAAAAAUAUAUUUUUAGUUAUAGAUGGACACCGUACCUUUAUUUUAUUUAUUUUUAUGUGGUACUGAGGAUCGAAUUCAGUGCCUCACAUGUGCUAGGCAAGUCCUCUACCACUGAGCCACAACCCCCCCCUUUUUUUUUUUUGACGUGUCUGCAAAAAGUGGUGUGUGUUGUGUUUCUAGCUGUAAGUCUUUAAAUAAGAAUCCAAAGACUGAUCCAUGUAAUAUGUGUAGAUAGUUGUAGUGUUAGUAGGCAUGAUUAAAUUAACAGCUAUCAUUUAUUCACCCAUCACUGGUGGUACAGGCUUUACAUACAUUAUCUCAUUUCAUCUUCUUGAUGACCAUCAAGGUAUAGGUAUUAUUUUUCUCAUUUAAGAAAUGAGGACACUGAAGCCCAGAAAAAAGAAAUAGGUUAUUUUCUAGAUCAGUCAGGCUAAUAAAAAUAGAGGCUGUGCCAACUCCAAUUCUAAACAAUGAAAGCCUGGAUCUGGAAAUGAGGUGAGCACAGGGAUGUGUGGGAGUGGCUCAUGGGCUACAGCAGUCAGAUCCCAGGAUAACCCACAAGAAGCAGCAGAAGGCAGAGUGGUGAAUUUCCUGAAUACCUGACAUAGCACCAAGCCACAGACAGACCUCUACACAUGAAGCCAGGAUUUUGACUCAGUGUUGUCUGGCUCAGAAACUUCUGUCACUCCCUCUAUAACAUAUGAAUCAUCCACUAAAUAGCUGGUACUAUGGUAUUCAAAGAUAAGUAGGACAUUCUCUUGCCUUCAGAGAGCCUACAGUCCGAAGGAAGAGACCACAACAUAAACAAGACUUAAUCAUUCAUGGAUUUUGGGGGGUAUUAUGUUCAUGGACAUGAUUGCCAAGGACUGAGGUAGGGGUGGCAGUCGGUGAAGGUUUACUGAAGGAUUUAUCUAAUUUGAAUUUUAAAUGCCAAAUAAUUAAAUGUGUGUGCACACAUGCACUGUUCAUGAACCUUGCUAUGCUACUUCAUAUAAGUCUGUUUAUCAGAAAGAAACAGAAGAAUGUUGUUAGAACUCAAUAUUUUGCUUGGUUUGACUUUGCAGCCAUGUUGACAUUACAUUUGAUCUACCCUUGUCCUAAACAACAUGCUGACUUCUUGAUUAGAGGGUUCUGUUUUGUUAUCAGUACAUUAGGCAAUGUGCCACUCAGGUAGCAGAAUUUGAUUAUAGUUUUCAUCUUUGCUUUCUGAAUUGCUGUGGGUUUUCUCUGGUGUUGGCUGAUAUGUGACCUUUGUAGUUUUUGAUUUUAAAAAGUUUCCUUGAGAACUGCAGGAUGGACUAACCCCCACCUCAGCCCCAGCUUCUGGUUUAUUCUUUCUGGUCAUGGCUGUAUAUGCUGUGUUUAAGGCUAAGCCUAUGAUUACAGGGCUGUUUUAUCUAAGAGCUGUGAGGAGUGAAUCAAAAGUGAUACCAUCAUGGUUGGCAUUACCAGUCAUUACCUAAUGGACUCUUCAGUCUUCAUAACUUUCUCAGCCCCUAUUGUACCUGGGCAGUAGACAAAGAAAUCUAAAUCAGCAGAUAAACUUUAUUUAAAUCCUUUUGCAAGGUGUGUGUGUGUACACACACACACACACACACACACACACACACACAAUAGCUCUCUUCAUCAAUGACAGCCUAAAACCAUGUCAUCUUUCAAGAAAGUCCAAUUGCUAUCUUUGUAACAAGGUCUUUCAGUAUUCAAAGCUUGUGUUCACUAUGGGUAGUUCCAUCUUUUUCUUAAUAUUUGUUUAGAGACAUUAUCAGGUCUAUCUAAUAAAAUAAAUUGGACUAAAUUUCUCAAAUGGGAAGAAAUCCAGAUAAAAAAUUGAAGGCCAUAUAAAAAUCUGAAUAACAUAUAAAAAUCGAGAGCAUGUUUUAGAAAAACUGUUUUUUGAAGUAUUUAUUUGUUCAUGUGUAAUAAGAUAUAUAUGAAGUUGAGUUUUGGGAAGUUGUUGCUUUUAAGCUAGUAUAAUGAUUAAAUGUUUACUCUAUGCCUGGCAUUGUUUUAGGCGCUUGGAUUAUUUAGGCACAUCAGUGAAUAAAAUAGACAGUAUUCUUGUGUUUAAUAUAUUUAUAUUCUAAAAUAUAAAUAACACUGAUAACAAACUAUAACCCCCUAAUCAAAAAAUCAGCAUGUUGUUUAGGACAAGGGUAGAUCAAAAAUAGUGUCUCAGAAACAAACCCACACUGAUACAAUCAUCUGACCUUUGAUAAAGGUGCCAAAAACAUAACAUUGGAGAGAAGACAGACUUUUUUAAUAAAUGGUGCUGGGACAAUUUGUUAUCCAUAAGUAAAGAAUGAAACCAGAUUCUUAUCUCUCACCCUGAACACAAAUCAACUCAAAAUGGAUUAAAGGGGCUGGGGUUGUAGCUCAGCAAUAGAGAACUUGUCUAGCACAGGCAAGGCCCUGGGUUCAAUACUCAGCACCACAUAAAAAUAAAUAAAUAAAAUAAAGGUAUUGUGUCCAACUACAAAUAAAAAAUUUAAAAAAAAAUUUAAAUGGAUUAAAGACCUAGGAAUUAGACUAGAAACUUGCAACUCUUAGAAAAAAAAACAUAAGGUGAACAUUCCAGUUGAUGCACAAGCAACAACUUUCUCAAUAGGACAACAGUUAAUGCCAAGAGUUAAUAAAUGGUACAGCAUCAAAUUAAAAAGCACAGCAAAGGAAAUAAAAAGAAAUGUGAAGAAAGAACCCACAGAAUGGGAGAAAACCUUUGCUAGCAAUUCAUCUGACAGAGGAUUGAUAUCUUGAAUACAUAAAGAGCUCAAAAAGCUUUAGAACAAAAAAAUCAAAUAACCUAAUUAAUAAAUGGCCAAAUGAACUAACCAGAUACUUGUCAAGAGAAGAAAUGCUUAUGGCCAACAAAUACAUGAAGAAAUGUUCAACAUCAUUAAUAGCAAAUCAAAACUACACUGAGAUUUCAUUUCAUACCAGUCAGAAUGGCAGUUAUUAAGAAUACAAAUAAUAAUAAAUACUGGAGAAGACGUGGAGAGAAAUGGAACACUUUUAUACUGUUGGUGUGACUAUAAAUUAGUACAACUGCAAAGGAAAUGUAAAUGGAGACUCCUCAAAAGACUAGGCAUGGAACCACCACAUAACCUAGCUAUACAACUUCUCCAUAUUGUCCUUGAAGAAUUAAAGUCAUCUUACUACACUGAUACAUGUGGUACAUGGUUACUGCAGCACGAUUCAUAAUAGCCAAGUUAUGGAAACAGCCUAGGUAUCUAUCAGUGGAUGAAUGGAUAAAGAAAAUGUGGUAUAUAUGCACAAUGAAGUUUUAUUCAGCUAUAAAGAAAAACAAAAUUAUGUCAUUUGCAGGAAAAUGGAUGGAACUGAAGAUCAUUAUGUUAAGUGAAAUAAGCCAAGCUCAGAAGUUCAAGUGUCAUACGUUUUUUUCUCAUAUGCAGAAGCUAGAGAGGAAAAAAAGAAAACGAAGUUUGGGGUAGAUCUCCUAAAUAUCAAAGGAAGAUCAGUAGAGGAAAGGGACCAAAAAGUGGGAAGCAAGAGGAAAGGGGAAGUGCUGGGAAGUGAUACUGGCCAGAUUAUAUUGUUAUAUUGUGUGCAUAUUCUAAUAUGUAAUAAAUCUCAUCAAUAUGUACAACUAUAAUGCACCAAUACAAAUGAGGAAAUUAAAAAAAAAGUAGUGUCAACAUGGCUACAAAGUCAAACCAAGCAAAAUGUUGAAUUCUAGCAAACUUCUUCUGUUUCUUAUUUUUCUUUCUGACAAACCAACUUAGACAAAGAGGCAUAGAAAGGUUCACGAACAGUGUGGUUGUGUAAGUGCAUGUACAUGAGCUCUUUUUUUUUUUUUUUUGAAUGAUUAUGUGUCAUUCAAAAUUCAGUUUGAGUAAAUCCUCCAAUAUGUCUUUUUCUUCUUUUGGGGAAAGUCAAUAAUCAUUUCAAUACCUAGUUAUAGCUACAAGUUCAUGUAAAUUACUUGUGCAGCUUUUAUUGUUAUUUAUUUCACUAAUUUCACAAUUUUAUACAAUACCUAAAAUGGUUUUUCUUCUUCUGUACUUGUCCAUUCAUUUAACAAUUAUGUAUUGAGCACUCACUAAAACACCAGUCUCUGUCCAAGAUAGAGACCUGCCCUCAGAAAGCUCCGUUCAGGAUGAGAAACUCAGUCUUGCACACAAAUGACCAUAGAGUAGCAUAUGACACGUUUAGUAAAAGUGGUACAGUGUUUCUACAUAACUGACAGAGAGACAGCUGAGGCAGAGGACAUGGUAAAGGUGGGGAAAUGAAUGGGGUAAUCCAGGUAUGCUACACAGAGAGGGUAACAUUUAAAGGACUAGGAGAUAGCCUUGAAAGCAAAGGGGGGAAAGAAGAGAUGUAUUUAAUAAACAGCAAAAUAGAACAAUGUGGCUGGUACAUAAAAGUACUGGAACAUUACAUCAAAUUCAGACUUUGGAGAAUUUUUAAUGAUGUGCUCCAAGUUUGUACUUAUUCAGAAGAAAGGAGGGGAAGGAGGGCCCUGACGAAUUUUUGCUAUAGAAGUGAUACUAAAUAUAGCAUAUCAAGAACAAUAAGCUAGUACCUUGCCUGCAGGAAGACUGGUGCAGGCCCAGAUAGCGUGCUGUGGCAGUUAGGAGGGAAAGACUGCUGUUUGGGGGCAGCCUCCUUGAGCAGUGUCUUGAAGUGUAAUUAAGUGUUAUUUGGACCAAUUCACAGUGGGGUGACAUAGGCAAGGACUUCUGUGGGCUUUGUCAAGAAUACUAGUUUCUUCCUAUACUUUCAGAACACAAUUCUAUCCCAGCAAAACUUUUAAUGAACAAAAGGUGGUCAUAAUUAGAUAUUGAGAAAAUACAGGUAAUUUGAUAACAAGAAAGUUCUGAGAAGCAAAAGAUAACCAAAUGGGAAAGUGACUGGCUAUUCACAUCAUCUUAAUCUGUUUUGGUUAUGUAAUUCAACUCAAAUAUACAAUUUUUAUAUAAAUUUUUAUAAUAUCAGUUCAGGUUAGUUGGGAGGGCAGUUUUAUUUCUUUUUAAAAAUUAUUUCACAUUAUUAUUUUUAUUUUAAUUAUUAACAUAUUAAUUGUACAAAUUAAUGCUACAUUUACAUACAUGUAUAUAGCAUGAUCAUGUCCACCUUCUCCUCUGUCCACUCUUGCCUUCUCUUCUCUCCCCACUUCCCUUGGUCCCCUUCCGAGGUAGUUUUAAAUGUCACUAUUUACUGUUUAUUUCAGAUCCAGGUAAAUAAUAUUUAUUAGUAGUCUUUGUAAUCAAUAAAUGAUCACAGAUUUGUAUUCAGUAUAUGAUUGAAAAACUGGUUGGAUGCCUCACUUUAAAAUAUAUGAGCAUUAUAUUCCAUCAACACUUAGAAAAUCAGUAGAUUAUUCCCAUGGUGUCAGUUUAGGCAUGUGUUUAAACAAAAUCAUGCUUGUGUUUAAUUGGUAACUACUCUCUUUUUAUAAGUGCUUAGACAUCAAAUAAGAUGUAUUGAUAUUAGAAAGGGAUAAGAUAUACAUGAAGUUGAGUUUGGGAAAGUUGUUGCUUUUAAAACAUUUUUGAAAUCACUAAUAACUCAGUAAUAAGGGAAGAAUCAAUAAAUUUAAAAUAUUAGGGCUAACCCUUAUCUCCUACUUUGCUGAUUGCUGCUGAAAUUUUGCCAUAACUACACUGGUCUUAUUUAAAUAACAAGUUAUUUUUUAUGGUACUUUUUAAAUUAUUUUGUUAGUGAUAUAAGAUGAACAUGAAUCUUAAGUAAUGUAUGUUUUUCAUGAUUUUUUCUUAAGAAUCUAUUUUAUUCCUGUGGUAAGUUAGUUAAUUAUGGCUCACUUAUCUUGAGACAGAAAACAGUCCCUGCACUGGACAGCAGAGGACUUUGAAUUUCACGCCCAGCAUUACCACUGUGACAAUGAAUGACUCACUUAAGCUCACAUACCUCAAUUUCUCCAUCUAUUGAAAAGAAAUAAUAUCUGUCACAAGAGAUUUUCAGACCACUUUGAAUUUACUGGCACAAAGAAGUUCAAUAAAUCAAAAGUAGUAUUAUUAUUAGUCAUCUAAAAUGUAAUAAGAGAUUUUUUAAAUGUUAUAACUGUUCAGCUCAGAUUUAAAAGAUAAAGUCUCUGAAUUUAGAAUUCCUUCCUCCUCCUGCCUUUUCAUCUUGAAUGUUUACAUUAUUUCCUUCAAGCUUCAAUUCUCUAAAGGUAAUUAUUGCAUUCUUCUGCUUUGCUGAGAAUCAUUUUAUUUUACGGCUUCCCUUAGCUUCUAUUUUAGGUGAUUUCUUCUUCAUUUUACACGCCUUCUCUCCACCCCCAGAAUUUUUACACCUUGUGUCUCUUUUCUUCUUUGUGCUUUUUAUAUUUUCAUUUGAAAAUAUUCCCUGUGAUUUUCUUUUCCUUUUAGUAGACAAUUGCGUACCUUGAAAUUGACUUUCUAUACAUUUAAAAAUUAAAGUCAAAGUUAUUUGCCUGUCAUUGGUCAUCUUACAAACAUUUCUUAUGGUAGAGAGCUUGAAUUUUGUUAAGUGGCUGCUAAAAAGCAAUUGAUCUUGAGAAUAUGUCCCCAUAAAUUGCAAUUAUUUAAGAAAAUCAAAUAAUAACUGAGUGUUGAUAUUUCAUAUCUAUAUUAGUGGUACAAAAUUUUCUAGUUGACCAUUCUUUUUCCUCUGACAAAAUUGAUUUGUGGUGCUAUAUUACUCAUUUUAAAAAUUUAUAAUUCCUUUCUUUUCAGAUAAAAUUCGAAUAUAAUACUCUGUAUAAAUCUUAAAUAUAUCGUUUAGAAGUUGCUGUAAAUACAUACCCCUGUGUUAUUUAUACUCCCAUCAAGAUCUAGAGCACAGCCAUUACCUUGGAAAGUUUCCUCAUGUUCUUUCCAAACAUUAAAUGAAUUCUCUAUUCUGUUCCAUUCAUCAGUUUGUUUUGUGCCAAUCCAAUAUGAUUUUUAAUAUCAUGUAUGUCUUAAUAGAUGGCAAGUCAUGUACUUCUUUUUAAAGACAUUCUUAAUUGUAUGUGACUAUAUUCCUCUAUAUACAUUUUAAAGUAACUUUAAUCCUACAAAUCAGUCAACUGAAAUUCUGUUUGGGAAACUGAUUAUUAUUAAGUUGUAUCUGAUUGAUACUCAUAUAUUGCCUGGUAAAGUGAAUAAUUAUAUCUUAAAUCAUUUAAAAUGAAAAAAAAAUCUUUCAUUUAAAAAUUCUGUGAUUCUAAAAUAAGUAAGACAUUAGAAGAUGGAAAGACCUCCUAUGUUCUUGGAUAGGCAGAUAUAAUAUUAUCAAAAUGACCAUACUACCAAAAAUGCUAUACAGAUUUAAUGCAAUUCCAAUUCAAAUUCCAAUGACACUCUUCAUAGAAAUAGAAAAGGAGUCGUGAAAUUCAUUUGGAAAAAUAAGAGGCUCAGAAUAGCCAAAGCAAUUAUUAGCGAAAAAAGCUAAGAAGGAGAAAUCAUAAUACCAGACUUAAAUUGUACUACAGAGUUAUAGGAACAAAGACAUCAUGGUAUGGCACCAAAACAGACAUGAGGACCAAUGGUACAGAAUAGAGCACAGUUUCUUUCUUUCUUUUUAAAGGACACAAUACCUUUAUUUUAUUUAUUUAUUUUUUAUAUGGUGCUGAUGAUUGAACCCAGUGCCACACACAUGUUAGGCAAGUGCUCCACCACUGAUCUACAAUCCCAGCCCGGGACAGUUUCUUCAUUUUGUCAGUGGGUUUAUAGUCUGUUAUAGUUUGGAAAUAAAAUGUUCCCUAAAGACUCAAGUGUUCAGUACUUUGUCCCCCUGAUGCAGCAAUGUUCAGAGGCGGGGCUUUUGUGAAGUGACUGGAUCACAAGGGCUUAGACCUCAUUGGUGGAUUAAUCCAUUUCAAACUUAAUGGACCACUGAGAGGCAAUGGAAACUGUAGGUGGUAGGAUCUGAUUGGAGGGAGGAGAUCACUGGGGAUGUGCACUGGAAGGGUUUAUCUAGUCCCUUCUCACACACCCUCAUUCCUGGAUCCCGUGAGUUGAGCAGCCGUCCUCCAUCAUGCCAUUCUGCCAUGAUGUUUCUGCCUUGGAUCCAGCUGACCAUGCACUGAAACUUCUGAAACCAUGAGCCAAAAUAAAUCUUUCCUCUAAGUUGUUUUUCUCUGAUAUUUUUACAGCAAUAAAAAAUGGACUCUCACACAGUCCAAAUGAGACCAUCUUCCAAAAGGGACACGAAUAUUUAUAAAGUAGCUUGCUAACUUUUUGGUAGCAGGCAUGCUGAGAUGGCAUAAGGAAGAAGAAAUCAAAGAGAUGGGAUGGGAUGACUGGAGGAUAUUUUUUGGUAGAAUACUUAAGUCAUAUUUGGAGGUGUGUUAGUCAACAUUUCAUCAUUAUUACCAAAAUACCUGACAAGAACAACUUAGAAGGGAAGUAUUUUAUUUUCUCUCUCAGUUUCAGAGGUACAUUUCAUGGUUGGCUCUGGGCUCAAGGUGGGGCAAAACAUCAAGGCAGAAAGUCUGACAGAAGAAAUCUGCUCGGUUCAUGACAGCCAAAAAGCAGAAAGUGUUUAAAUCCGAAGAUCUAGGGAAAAUAUAAUCUCCAAAUAUGCACCCCCAGUGAUCUAUACUUCUUCCAUCUGUGUCAUAUGUGCCUACAGUUACCACCCAUUAAUCUAUUCACAUUAUUAACUCAUCAAAUGGAUUAAUCCACUGGUUAGGUCACAGUUCUCAUAAACUAAACAUUGAAAAUUCCUGCAUUGUCUCAUACAUGAGCUUUUGGGGGACACCUUAUAUCCAAUCCACAACAGGAGUAGAGGGAAAAAAAUGGAACAAGUCCAGGCAUAGUGGCACAUGCUUAUAAUACCAGAAACUCUGGAAGUGGUGACAAAAGAAUCACAAGUUCAAGACCAGCCUCAGCAAAUUAGUAAGGCCCUGAGCAACUUAGUAAGACCCUAUCCCAAAAUAAAAGAAUACAAAAGGGCUUGGAUGGAGCUUAGUGGUAAAGCACCAUCUGGGUUCAAUUCCCAAUACCCAACCCCACACACUCAAAUGGAACAAGAUAAGGGAUGGGCAGUUUAGAAGAGAACAAAAUAGCAAACCACAGAGACCACAGACAGGUGCCUAUAUUUCCCCUAUUAUUAAUGUUUGGGGACACAAAUGAAAGAGAAGAUGUUGCCACUGGUGUGUAAUGGGUAAAGCCAGGGACGCAGCCAAACAUUCUACAGUGCACAAGGCAGUCCCACUACAAAGAAUUAUCUAGCUCAAAAUGUGAGUAGUGCUGAGGUUAAGAAACCCUGCCCUAAACUUAACUUUCAACCCUGCCUGCACACCAGAAUCACCUGGGAAAAUUGAAAAGCCUCCAAUACCUAUGCUUCACCUGAAGAGGGUCUCACUUCAUUGGUUCAGGGUUUGGGGCAUCAGUUGUUUAAAAAGCUUCCCAGGUCCACUGUGGUGGAUCCUUGUAGAAGAGAAGAGAAAACAAUUAGAUGUGAGGAAUUUUUUAUUUUAUCCUUCUCAUUCAUGCUACUUUCUUAUUUGUAUGUCUAUUCUUUAAAUGAAAGAAAAUGCUUUGGGGCAUGGUGUGUGUGUGUGUGUGUGUGUAAAAUUACUUGAUUUUAUAUUUGAUUUCAGGAAGGUAGUUUGUGAUUAAAAUAGCAGUCUCCCAUGUCUUUACCAAAAACACUGUUAAAACUUCCAUCUUACAAAUAAAUUCCACACAUACCUACUUUUAAGUCUACCAAAGCAAGCAUUUUGUUAUUUACGUUUAAUUUCUCUCUACAUGAAGAAAUUUAGAAGCAUAGUGUGGACACAAACUGAAUUGCCAAUACUUUUGUCAAGUCAUCCAGCAAUUUAAUAUGAUUUGGACAUUAUCUUCCUGCUUAAAACACUGACCCAGUUUGGUUUUUCAUGUUCUGGAGUUAUGUUGUUGAUUUUGAACUGGGCUUCUUUUUCCAUACUCAAAAUCUAUGGAGCAGCUGGUGGUGUUUAGUGACCGUCUGCACUAGCAGUCUCAUCUUUUUAGCAUUUAAAAUUAAUUUUUCUCAUCUUGGCACAUAAAGAACUCAAGUGUGCCCCUUACCUCAUUACCUAAAAUGUUACAGUGGCACCAGGAGAGGGGGAUGUGACAGAGCAGCUAUUUGAGCAUCAGCAGUAGUAGCACUGAGAUAUAACACAGCAAAAGAUUAUACCAGGAGGGGUAUGAUCACCCUACACCGUGGAUUCCAAAUAUCCUAUAGCAAUGAAUGUAACACCAAGUAGACUGGUUAAGGAACACGCCCCCAGCCCCAAUUGGCACAUCUCUCUAUAUAAAAAAUGACUGUGUCAUGUCAGAUACUCAUGAUAAAUGAACAUUGAAUUGAUCCAUGUAAAAUAAUUGGAGCUGGGCUCCCAGAGCUCAGUAACUCAGUCUUCCCUAAAGAUUUAUCCUUCUGGCUAUUUGUAGUUUAAAGAGGUCACAACAAAAAUGUUUCCUUUUACCAUAGAAUAAUAUACUGUAUUUCUGGUACAGUGGACAGAGUUCUGGACUUAGAGUAGAGAAACCUGGGGUUUGAUUCUGGAUUUACCAGGUAGUUGUUUAAUGUUCUCUAUUUUAUAAUCACCAGGCAUUAAUCACACCUCACCUAGAAUCCAGUGGAAAAAUGCCCCCAACUGGUUUCCUGAAGUUCAGCUUCAUUCUUCUUAAAUCCAUCUAUCACUCUACUGCCAGCAUGAACCUUCUCAAAUAUAAAACUAAUCCUGUCACUACCCUGGCCACCAAGUGUGGCUGUGCAGACUGAGUUUCUUGUACACAUAUCUUUUGAUGAGUUCUGUCCCCUGGGUUUUGGUUCAUGUUGUCCUUUCCGCCUGAAUUUUUUUUCCAUUCCUUUUUCCCUGGUUAAUCCUACUCGUACUUUAAGACAUAUUUUAGGAAUCCCAUAUCCAGUGAACCAACUGAUUUUAAGUGCCCUUCCUUAGGCUUCCUGUCACUCUAAUCUUUAUAGUUAUCAUAUGCAGUGAAAAUGAUUCGGCCCUGUAUAAAGAUGGUGAUAUGCUCUUUGAAGACAGAUAUCUAAUCCUAAUUAUCUUCCCUUGAUACCUAGUAUGAUGUUUGUCAAAGAAUGGACAUUCAGUAGGGAACAGUAUGCAAAAGAAGGAGGAAAGAAAUGAGGGGAAGAAAAGAUAAGUAAAGAAAGGAAGGGAAGAUAUAAGAUGGAGCUAGGAAAAAUGAAUGAACACAGUGGGAUAGGUAGAGAUUUGGAAGGAAGAAGAAAUAAUUGAUAAUGUAGUGGGUCCACCUUAAUUUCUGAUAUCUAACCCAUUUAAAAUGGGCUGUGAUUUGUACCUACUCUUUCCAUGGUUUUCUACAUAUUGUGCCAUUGUCCAUACAUUAUCCUUUGGAGGUGUGUUAGUCAACACUUCAUCAUUAUUACCAAAAUACCUGACAAGAACAACUUAGAAGGGAAAUAUUUUAUUUUCUCUCUCAGUUUCAGAGGUACAUUUCAUGGUUGGCUCUGGGCUGAAGGUGGGGCAAAACACUCCAGUAGUGGGGCACAUCUCCAGUAGUAGGCAGAAUUAAGACCAUGAACUAAACUUCCAAACCUCUUUAAAUUUGCUUUUUCUUACAAAACUUUCUUGAUCUUAUUUUAUUUGAUUUGUUUAUUGUAGUUCAUAUUAGCUUCUCAAUAGCUCCUAUGCAGCUUACUUAGUUUUUAUACACCAUAUAAUGUGUAAAUGGGACUUACUUCAGAAUUUGUGUGUCUAAAGAAUUUGGCAUAUUUUUCUUAUAACGUGUUACCAAUUCAUGCUUUUUUUAAAAGUACUUAAAUAUAGGUCCUUUACUAAACCAACCCUGUAAGUAGCAUAGGCUCACAUGUAAAAUUCCGACAGGGAGGAUUUUAUAUUUUAUUUGAAUAAAAAAAGGCAACUAUAUUAAAAUGGAUAAUUUACAUUAUAUGACCAUUUAGUUCCUAUCUUAAAGAAAACUCAAGGUAAUGGAUGGGGAAAUCCAUAAUUUAUCUAUCAACUUACAAUUUAGAGGCCCACAUAUGCGGGAACAAAAUUAAAAACUCAGGAAAGUGUACAGAUAAUUGAAGACAUAGUAGAAUUGCCAUUUAGUUAUGGAUAUAUAACUUUCAUAUUUUAAAAAAGUACAUGUCAACUUUAUUUUCUAUCAAAAUCUGACUUAAGAAGUGUAGUGAUUGUUCAGGAUGGAAUUUAUUUCCAGCAACAAUAAAUCAUCAUAAGAACAAGGUGGUGCCUAAUUUUCUAGACCCAUAGGGCUACAAGAAAUGUCCAUGGAGCUCUAAAUUCGGGAUAGCUGACUUCAAGGUAACUCUUAACUAAAUGAUACAAAUUAAUGUCAAUCAAUUUUAUUUUUAAAAAUCCUUGAUAAUACAACACAAAUGUCAUACUUAGUAUUAUCUCUUCUGGGUACUUGAAAAUUGUAGUAAAUAUUCAGUAAUAUAGUUGGUAUUUCUAAAUUCCAAGUUUUUAUAACUCAUUUCUAUAUGGAAUACUUAAUACAGAUAAAUUAUGAAAUGUUGCAACCAGAAAUGCUUUUACACACUAAUUCUCAUUAUACAUUAAGAUUGUUAGAAGCAUUGUAACUCAUCAACUCAAAGUGUUUUUUAUAACUUCAGUUCUUCACUUUUGCAUAUUUGUACUAUUAUAACAUCAUUGAUUCUGGCAGGAAACUUUAACUCUGAUUAAAUUAGUAAUACAUUAUUGAUUCCUGUUUCAAAUUCAUUAAUAUGCUAAGAACCACAUGUCAAUUCAAUGUCUCAGAAGAUAGGAUCAUGAGAUAGUUUGAAGCUCAUUGUUACUCCCUAUACGUUUUUAUUAGAUGCAACUUCAGUGCCACAUCUUAAUACGCUCAUUAUAAAACUCAACAUGGUACCAUAACAGGACUAGAAAAUUUUUCUUGGAUUUUUCAAGAACCAAAAUUUCUUAGUCUGUUAACUGUAAGAUUUUAAUAAUUAAUGUAUUAAAGUUUAGUAUCCAAUCCAUCUAUAAUUUUGAUCUUUCCUAAAGCAUUAUACUAAUGGGAGUAAGCAUAAAAUUUAAAUCAAAACCUCAUUAAAAGUGUUAAAACUUUAGAUUAGCAUAUGGAAAAGAUAUAGCAAAUAAAGACAAAAUUAUGAGAUAUAUAAAGUAAAAUAUGAGAGAAAUAUGAAGUAAGACAAAACACUUUGAACAUGAAUGGAGCUGCCCAUGGCCUACAUAGUUAACAGUGGGUUUAUUCCCCCACAAAACAAAUACCUACAAAUGACAAAAGAAGAAAGAAGAAAAAACCUUAUGUAGAUUAUUAGUUUAUAUAGGAUUUCUAAUCUUAUAACAUUCAAUUAAUAUUUUAAAUAAGAAUGACUGUCCACUCUGUUUUUAGCACCUUCUUUCCUCUCAGAUUGAUAACUAUUUCUGCUUAUAUUUGUCUUCUUAAUCAUUCCAGUGAGUCCCCAACUUAAAAAUAAGUUGAGAAAUUUUAUUUUGCAGGUUGAUUGCUUAGAGGUCUGUUUUUAAUAAAAAGGCAGCAAAAUAUACUAGUAUAAUAAUGUUAUAGUAAAUUAGAGAUUCUCAAACCAACCCAUAAAACCCAACACGACCCAUUUUGAUAUUCUGAAUUUCAAAGGGAAUCUUCUUCUUAAUGAACUACAGGCAUCAUUAUGAUGAAGAAAACUUUGCUUUUCUUGAAGUUUGUUUUCUGUCUUUCUUUCUCUUUCUUCAUCUUCUUUCAGUACCAGGGAUUGAACCAGGUGUGCUUCACCCUGAACACAUCCCUAGCCCUUUUUACUUUUUGAGACAGGGUCUCACUAAGUUGCUUAGGUCCUCACUAAAUUGCUGAGGCUGGCUUUGAACUUGUGAUCCUCCUGCCUCAGUCUCCCAAGUUACUGGGAUUACAGGCAUGGGCCACCAUGCCCAGCUAAUGUUUUCUUUUUUGAAAAAACAAACGCUGCUAGUGUUUGCCCUUUCUGGUUGAUAUCCCAGCUGUCUUCUUUGUUGAGUUUUUUACAACAGUAUUCUUGUUGAGUCUAGAAUGGACCCAAAUACCAGAAUGAGAGUCAAAAAUACACCUCCUGCUUGCUAGUUUCUCUGACGGGUCACAACUAACAGAGCCUUUCCUCCCCACUUGGGCUGGGAACAAUUGGGAAAAUCGAGGAUCAAGUAAGGCUUAAAAUCUCACUUUUGUUCUAUGGGAAAUCAGGAUGAAGGAUGGAGGUUUUCAAACUCCACAAUUAGACACUUAUUCACCUAGUCAGGUAGAUCACAGGAAGAAGAAGGGUGAGACUGGGCGUGGCCUACUUGAUACCAAACCAUUUUGGUAUCUACUUAGAUACCAAACCAUUUAAAUGGUUAAACCAUUUCUCCUGCCCCUGAACAGAGAGAGUAAAGAGGAAGAGAGAGGCCAGGAGUAUGCUUAGGAAAAGAAUUCCCAUCUGUGGAAAGCUGGAGUAAGGAAAAGCCUGAAUUUUCUAACUUUGCAGAGAAUAACCAAUACCUAACUAUUAAGGCCCUUUGAGAGUAGACCCUUUUCUAUCCCUCUCUUUUUAUUUUUCAUAACACUAACAAUCCACCUACCUGACAUGAUAAUAAUCUAAAAGACCUUUCUCACAUCUGUGUGAGCCAACACCAGUCUUCAUCCCUAUUUGCGCCAUUUCUCACACAGUCAGCAAUAACUAAAUCCCCUCCUUUGCACAAUCCUCUGCAUGUGUAUAGACUUUGUAGAGGCCAAGGAGUCCUGCACAUUUUUCUCUGUGAUUUGGGUAGUUUGCCCUCCACUCCCUAUUCCACACAUCUGAUAAUGUGUUCCUUGCCCAAAGCCCUCAGAGACUCCACUGUGUACAGGAUCAAAUCCUGAGUUUUUUGUUUUGUUUCAUUGUUUGUUUGUUUUCAGGGGAGGUUGUUUGUUUGUUUUGUUUUGUUUUGUUUGUUUGUACGGGGGAUUGAACUCAGGGGCACUUAACCACUGAGUCACAUCCCCAGCCCUUUUUUGUAUUUUAUUUACAGACAGGGUCUUCACUGAGUUGCUUAGGGCCUCCACAAAUUGCUAAGGCUGGCUUUGAACUCAAAAUCCUCCUGCCUCAGCCUCCUGAGCUUAUGGAAUUACAGGUGUGCACCACUGUGCUGGGCCUGAGUUCUUUACAGAUGCAUGACGUCAGCCAGUCUGAAUUCAGGCUACUUUUUGUUCUUCAUCUUCUACCUUACCUGCUUUGUAGACUUUGAACUUUGCUCAUACCAUAAAAUGAAAUUUAUGGUCCCAUCUUUUGGCAUGUGGUUCACUAAUUUUUUAAUUUUUGUGUCCCCUUCUACUUAUCUGCUCAAAUCCUAUUCAUGCUUCAGGGCCACUUCUCCAGAGACAAGUGUCCACCCCCAGGCUUUUGGCAAUUCUCCAGAACUCGCCUAAUUGUUUGGAUCUCUCUCUCUCUCUCUCUCUCUCUCUCUCUCUCUCUCUCUCU